AUGUCAACAACGUUACUAGCAAUACCAAAUCUCUCAGUAGCGAUCUGCAAUGCCGCGACAGGUUUCACCAAACCCUCACUUCAUGUGGGUUUCUUUUCCUCCCAUGAACCAAAACAUUGUAGGCGACUGGGACACGGCCUCUGUCGGCUAUCCCCGGGUUGGUUACAAUCCUACGCGGCGUCAUCAUACCACACCCGUGCCAUGCAGCGAUUAGCGUUAUGGAAAGCAGCUCGUUGUGAAUUUUCUGCCCCCCUGGAUAUGUUGACUGCGGAACUGCAUGAUCUUUUCUCUCGAUGUGGGCUCCUUGAUGGCGCCAUAAUUAUCCACGACAUACAGACGAACCUGCCAAAGUGA